UGAAGAGGCUAGAGCCAGAAAAGCCUACAGGAACUGACGAUGCUGUAGCUAACCUGUGCUAAUAUCAUGCACUGGUACUCUUGGUACAGGAUGAGUAUUGAGAUAGACUUUCUGGUCAAGCUUCAGAUGCUUUUGUUUGAGUAGCCUCAACCUCCCUAUGGACUCAACAGAUGUAUCACAAAAUGGCAUUGCUCACUGGGAAUGCAGAUCCUGAGUUCAGCACUUACUCCUUCAACAACUUGGAAAACCUGUGUGAAGUGCAAACCAAGAAAGGAUUCUUCUACAAAAAGGCCAAACUUUUGCAUCCUGGAGAAGACUUGUGCUGCUUAGCCCGCCUCGAUGACCGGUCCAGGUUUGUGAUCAUCAAUGUAGGCGGUAUUAAAUACAAAAUUCCAUGGACCACCUUGGAGAACUUCCCCUUGACCAGGCUUGGGAAGCUAAAGUCUUGCAACAACUAUGAUGAGAUCAUGAACAUCUGCGAUGAUUAUGAUGUUAGCUGCAAUGAAUUUUUUUUUGACCGUAAUCCUAGUGCCUUCAGGACAAUCAUGACUUUCCUGACAGCUGGGAAGCUGAGGCUUCUCAGGGAGAUGUGCGCUCUUUCUUUCCAGGAGGAGCUUGUGUACUGGGGGAUAGAAGAGGACCACCUGGAGUGGUGCUGUAAAAAGAGAUUGCGACAGAAAGAGGAAGAGGCAGCUGAGGCCAGGCUGUUUGAAAGGGAGAUGGUAUUUAGUGAAACUGCGCAAUGUGCCUUCCAGGACACUAGCCGAUUGAGUUUGUGCAUGAGAAAGCUCAGGGAUAUGGUAGAGAACCCCCACUCAGGGAUCCCAGGGAAGAUCUUUGCUUGUAUUUCAAUCUCUUUUGUUGCCAUCACUGCAGUCAGCCUCUGCAUCAGCACCAUGCCAGAUGUCAGAGAAGAAGAAGAUCGGGGCGAAUGCUCACGGAAGUGCUAUGACAUCUUUGUGCUGGAGACGGUGUGUGUGGCAUGGUUUUCAUUUGAGUUCCUGCUGCGAUCCAUUCAGGCAGAGAACAAGUGUGCUUUCCUGAAAACUCCGCUCAACAUCAUCGACAUCCUGGCCAUUCUGCCUUUCUAUAUUUCUCUCAUUGUGGAUACGGUCUCCACAAAAAACAGCAGCAAGCCUGGUGGGGGAUCUGGGAACAAGUACCUGGAGAGAGUGGGCCUAGUGCUGCGCUUCCUGCGGGCUCUGCGCAUCCUGUACGUGAUGAGGCUGGCGCGGCACUCGCUGGGGUUGCAGACGCUGGGGCUCACCGUGCGCCGCUGCACCAGGGAGUUCGGCCUCCUCCUGCUCUUCCUUUGUGUCGCCAUGGCCCUCUUCUCACCACUGGUGUACUUGGCCGAGAGUGAACUGGGAGCCAAGCAAGAAUUCACCAGCGUCCCCACCAGUUACUGGUGGGCUGUGAUCUCCAUGACAACUGUUGGCUACGGGGACAUGGUGCCUCGUAGCAUCCCUGGACAGGUGGUAGCCCUGAGCAGUAUCUUAAGUGGGAUUUUGCUGAUGGCUUUCCCAGUCACAUCCAUCUUUCAUACCUUUUCCCGUUCCUACAGUGAGCUGAAGGAGCAGCAGCAACGAGCAGCCAGCAGGCAAGUGCGCAAGCUACCAGAGAACACUGAACUCCCAGGUGAUGACAGUACAAGGGGGCUCAGUGCCACAUUCCCAACAAGUGUUGCUGGACAGGACAGUCCACCCAUGGUGGACCAGUAAGACGAGAAGUUCUUGACCCUGAACAGAUGCGAACAUACGUUGGCAGCACAAGAAGCAGUGGACAAGGGAGGUCAGUUCUGAAAGAAGAACCUCCUGAACUGCAUAAAUGAGGGGCAGACACACACAAAGUUGUCUCUAAAGACCAACUUUUGAUCUUAAGGGCCCUCUGAAAAGUACCCUUAGAAACUCUGCCAAGUACAGCUCUGCUCCAUUGCUUUUCUUAGGGCUUUUUUUUUCUAUUGAACAGGUAUUUUUGGGUAUCCCCAAGGAGCAGCCAUUGAACGUAGCCAGCCAGGAUAAUGUAACAUGAAGCACAGCCUGUACCAGGGUGCCAUUUGGCAGAGUAACCAGCGUGCCACUUCCUCCCUGCCCUGCUCGGUGGCACUCAUGUAUGAGGGGCUAAGUGAGGGGGCUCCCCAUGCUGUGACGCCCCACAGCAUGUUUGUUUUGGCAGCUCCACCAAGGAACACAAACCUCAGACAAGCCAAGGGGUGAUGAGGGCAAGAGAAGGGCAGAAGCAUCCCUUCAGCUUUGCCAGGGGCUUGGUUUUGUCUUCUACAGAUGAGGCAGCGCAGCCAGGGCUGCCAGCGCUGACUCGUGUCCUAGAACAGUUUGCAUUAUUUAGUAGAGAUGUGUAUUUACCAUCCUAAGCUUUGUAUCUUAGCCCCAUGACUGAAAUAUACAUACAAACAAUCUUUCUGACUGUGGUACUGAAUGUUAACUUGCUUUUUUUUCCUUUGCUAACAGUUGAAUAUAACAAAUAUCAUUACAAGUCAUGCCAUUUCCCCACUUUCUGUUAAGUAUUAAGUAUUUCUGUUAAGUGUUAAGUAUCUCGUGUAUCAAACAAUAUGUUUAGCAGACGACUGAACCAAGCUGAACUAUAUGCAGCCCAAGAAAGGGAGGGUGAUGUUAAACCAGCCGUGACUCCCAGCUCUGCAGUCUUCCUCAGCAGUGGUGACUGCAGUGACUGCAGUCAUGUGCAAACAGGAGUAGUCCAAACCCAGUGAAGUCAAUGAGACACCUUCAGUGGGCUCUGGCCUGAGCUGCAAUGUAGCAGCUGUGCUCUAGUUAGCAGUAGCCUUUUUUCCCCCCUCCUACUAAGAAAAAGACAAUCUUGUCAUUAGAAUUAGCAUUCUGGCUUUUUCAUUAGUCUCGAAAGAUUUAAGUCAAUUUAAAGGGAAUAUUAAUCAUAUGAUAGCAUCUGCAUGUUUGCUUACUGAUGCUGUGAGCUCUCCAGCCCCCACCCUGGAGGAGCUGUGUAGGUGGUCCAAGUCAGGAUACUGUGUGGGUCUUUCAGUGCUCCUACAGGCAGGAUAUGAUCAGGGAAUGGAGGGAGAUGGAACAUAACAGCCUCUGGUACCUAUGACACCAUUUGUACUAAAGCCAUGCAGUGUCAUCCUCCAUAUUCUCCUCCUGCCAGGAAAGGAACAAUAGCUGAUGCAAUGAAGAUGGGAUUUGUCCGGUUUGGGGUAUUUUUUUGCCUCAGUGUAUGUUGUAACACACCAAUCCUACAUUAGCAAACUCUCAUAUUAAGCCAUUCCUUAUAGGAAUGAAG